AUGCCGUUUAAAAUAGACCCCCCAUGUUUAGGCGAAUCAAAACACAUUGCUACUAAAAGAUUUAAUUCACUUUGGCAACGUUUGAAGAGAGAACCAGAGUAUAGGCAACUAUACAGCGAAUUUUUAACUGAGUAUGAGAAUUUGGGGCAUAUGCAGGCAACUUGCGAAACUACAAGGUACAUUAUGCCUCAUCAUGGCGUUUUUAGGCCAGAAAGUAGUACUACAAAAUUACGCGUUGUUUUUAACGCAUCAGAGGCAACGUCAUCUGGACAAUCGCUUAAUGAUAAUUUGUAUUCAGGAUCCGUUGUCCAAGAUGAUUUGUUCGCUAUUUUGUUGAGAUUUCGAAAACAUUCUAUAGUUUUCACCGCUGAUAUAAAAAAGAUGUAUCGUCAAAUUUGGAUACAUCCAGAUCAGUGUGAUUUACAAUGUAUUUUAUGGAAGGAUUUAGAGGAUGAGAAAUUACGUGUAUUUAAGUUGCUCACUGUUACCUACGGAACCAAAUGCGCUCCUUACUUGGCGACCAGAGUACUAAAACAAAUAUGCUGUGAUGAGCAGAACAACUAUCCUUUAGCCGCUGCUGCUGGCAAAGAUUUUUACGUCGACGAUAUACUCAGUGGUACCGAGGAUUUAUCUUCUGCCAUUGAACUACAAAACCAGUUAAUACAAUUGUUAAAAUCAGCUGGUAUGGAGCUUCACAAAUGGAGCUCAAAUAAUCCUGUUUUGUUACAAAAUGUCCCAACGACGGACCGAGAAUACAAUUUCGAUAACCCCAACUCAGCUACUUUAAAAACUUUGGGAUUACAAUUCAAUCCUGAAAAGGAUACAUUUAGUUUUAGUGUUCAAAAAAUUGUGAGACCUGCAACAAAAAGAACAAUGCUAUCGGACAUAUCCAGAUUGUUUGAUCCUUUAGGCUUCUUAGGACCUUUGAUAAUCACAGCGAAGAUGUUCUUGCAGAAGUUGUGGAUUUUAAGAAUUGAUUGGGACGAUGAAGUUCCCUUACACUUAAAUAGAGAGUGGGAAAAAUUUAGUUCUGAAUUGAGUCAAUUGAAAAAUGUAAACAUAGAUCGUCAUGUGUUAUGUUCUAAAGUUCUGAAAGUAGACCUGAUAGGCUUCGGAGAUGCUUCGAAAAAUGCAUAUGGUUGUGCUAUCUACACCAGGUCUUUGUCAAGGUCUGGUGAGAUAAAGGUGUCACUCUUAUGCAGCAAAUCUCGAGUGGCUCCCAUCAAAGAAAUUAGUAUCCCACGUUUGGAGCUGUGUGCAGCGGAUUUGCUUUCCACGCUUACCGUUAAGGUUCUGUCAUCCUUGCAACUAGACAUUGAUGGAGUACAUUUGUACUCGGACUCCACUGUGGUGCUUGCUUGGAUCAAAACUCCACCUACAUCGUUGAAAACUUUUGUGGCUAAUCGAGUCGCUAGGAUUCAAGAGUAUACUAAGAACUUCCAAUGGCAUUAUGUAAAUACUGCUGAGAAUCCUGCGGACUUGAUAUCACGAGGAGUUUUCCCUUCAAAGAUCCAACAGUUGGACAUUUGGUGGCAUGGACCGUCUUUUCUUUCAUCUAGUAGCUGUCCAAACUUCAAUGACGAUCCUGGUGUCUCAGAUGAUGAAUAUCUUCUUGAGAUGAAAAGAACUGCAAGGAACUCUGAACUGAAUAAUGAUCCUAUGAUUAAUCUUUCCAUUUGUAAUACUCCUAGUUUUUUACAGUUUGUCAAGAAUCUAAAAGAAGCAGUGAAGACAACAGGUCCACUGAAUGCUGAGGAAUUGAACUAUGCAGAGACAUUUUUAAUUAAAUAUAUCCAAAUCCAAGAGUUUGCCAAAGACGUCAGUAGUCUCCAAAAACACUACUGUGUGCCUCCUGGUAGUAAAUUAAAAACUUUGAAUCCUUUCUUGGAUUCUAAAGGAUUGUUAAGAGUCGGAGGACGGUUGGCCCAACCAAUUGCACCUUCUCAAAUCAUGGGCAAUUUGCCCAAGGAAAGAGUGUCUCCAGAUUUUGCUUUUAAUUGUGCUGGUGCCGAUUUCUGUGGGCCGUUUUAUAUUAAGAAUAAGGCUGAGCGUAAAGCUGUUCAUAUAGAAAUUGUUUCAGAUUUGACUUCUGAUUCCUUUAUAGCGACUUUAAAACGAUUCAUGGCUCGAAGAGAUGAAAAGCUGGCAGGCUAUUUAGCUGCAGAAGGUAUUGAGUGGAAAUUUAUUCCACCUAGAUCCCCACACUUUGGCGGUCUUUGGGAGGCAGCUAUAAAGUCAUUUAAAUACCAUCUAAAAAGAGUUGUUAAGGGAAUAAACUUAACUUAUGAAGAGUUCUUAACGGUAAUUGUGCAAAUUGAGGGAAUUUUGAAUUCUCGACCACUUUGCCCCUUGUCAGCUAACGAGGACGAUUUUGAGGUUCUUACUCCUGCACAUUUUUUAAUAAAUAGGUCUUUAACCUCUUUGAAUGAGCCUGAUUUGACAAAUUUAAAAGAAAAUCAUCUCAAGAAAUGGCAAAAGUUUCGUUUUGAAACGAAAGCGCACUUCAUGAUGGAGGAAAUCUCAGCUGUGAAGAUGCCUAACUUCAUUCCGUCCGACCCUUCCCUAUGGUUUACGAUGGUAGAGUCAACAUUUGAAUUGGCUAUUCCAAAGCCAAUUACAGCUUCUCGCACUAAAUUCAACUACUGCGUGAGCACUUUGCCACCUGAAAUCGCGAUAACUGUGCGCGAUAUCAUUCUUUCGCCAGAUGCAACUGACCCUUACAGCCAACUUAAAUCUGAGAUAAUUUCCCGAUGCGGAGAAUCAAAAUCUCAGGAAAUUCGUAAGUUAUUGGCUGGAGAGCAGUUGCAUGAUAGAAAGCCGUCCGAGCUAUGCGUCGCCAUUCCAGAAGUCAUUCACGGAAUCGCCAACCUCGUUUUCGACGGAAAAGCCCUUCCAGUAAUGAUGAUAUCUGUUGGUAUCAUCGGAAGUACGACUCCAAAGCGCAAAAAUGCAUUCUGCCUUGCAAUUAUCAGCCAAACCACAACGGCAAGGAGUAGCGGCGACAUACGCCUCGCCCAGUAG